AAAAAGAGGCUGCAGUUCUUUAAACUCGUCCAGGAAGCUGCAGUGAAGAACCUCUCCAGACCCGGUUCGGUUCCCCUGCAGGGACAUUUUGGUUUUUUCGGGGUGUUUUAUUUUUUGUCCCGGUGCUUUUGUCGGCGCAUGAAUAUUAUCUCCAGAAUGCCACUUCGGAAGUAGGUCACCGGAUCCGCUCACCAUGUCCCCGGCUCCUGGGGGCUGGAACACCGGAGCCGCGGCCGAACCGGGUCCGAACUGACGGGAGGACGGGAUCGACUCGGGUUCUUCUUCUCCAGGAGGCAGAAAACAUAAACGGCUCGGUUCUUUUAUUUAUUUAUUUAUUUUUUGGAGGGGCUUUGAAUUCGGUCCCGGUAGGAGGUGAUCGGUUCCCGACAACAAGUCGACUGAAUUAUCCGAAGCUCGCGGGUUUUAACGAGGCUCGGAUCGAUCCAAGAGGUUCGGAUGUUUUUACUCUGAACCAGGAGCUGUUGUUUUUAUUUUUUUUAGGUUGUAUUAUUUCGCACUUCUGCCUCGGUAUGCUGCCAGAUUAACACUGUGGGCGAGUCUCUUCCUCCUCUUUUUAAAUGUCUAAACACACCCUGAUUAUAAUCCGCUGCUUCCUAUAAUCUGGAUCCCUGCGUGGAUUUCUGGGCUGUGGAUCUUGGUGAGUUGCUGGAGGAUUUGCUCCAGGAAAGUGGACUUGGUGAUSUGAAAGCCUAGAGGGUCUCAGGUCUCCUGAUAGCAGCUCCACAUCAUGUCCUUCCUCUGAUUUGUUGGUCCAUAAUGAGGAUUGCUGAAAGUCCCAUCUGAGUGGAAACCCCCAUCAUCUCGAUAACCAGUGGAUGACGAGGUUUUGGCAAGUCUUCUCCUGAAUGCUGGGACAAUGGUGAAAGCUCAGCAGAACCUGCAGCUAAAAUGCAAGAAACCCAAGAAGAAGAAGAGGAAGGACCACAAGGACAAGGGAGGCGGGGUAAAGAAAAGGAAAGACGUAAAGAACGAGCACAGUGGAAAACAAAAGAGAGACCAGAAAGACUCACGUCGUAGAAAAAAGUGUGUAUCAAUGGGRGGCGGAGAUGCGUUAGCCUGUUGUGUCCUGCUGACACGUUUGGAUGAAAAGGGAGUUGUUGGUAAAGUAAAAAAUACAAAGGUAAAGAAGCAAAAGAGRYUUAAAGUAAAAAGUAAAGAGUGRCCGAUUCAAAACGCGACCAAAUCCYGACCUACGAAAUCUUCCACAGCCAAUUGGCAAACACUGGAACCAAAAAAGAACCAAGAUGGCGCCUUACUCACGUUCCCAUCGCCUGCAGUGAAGCCUCGCAGGAGAAGGAUGGCCUCGCUAAAUGCUGAGGCUGUCAACAGUCUGCUGCUCUACAGAGACAGUUCCCUCGUGACAAAUCUCACAAAGAAAUGGGAGCCUUUCAGAGACAAUACAGACAAAGAUCUCACUAAAGCCAAAAACGUUUCUUCAGGCGGUAAAGCCGUCCCAAAGGAAAGAGCCAAAAAAUCRAAGAAGUCGACAGCUCAGGCUCAGGAGAUUGACUGGUUGGCCCUGUUUGCUCCAACACCGCGGCGUCAGGCGGGCCUCACUGCCGCAGCGCUGCUCAAACUCACCAGCACCCAGUACGGAACCAAGCGUCAAAAGAAGACCGAGUCCAAAUCGGGGGUUGGAAGUGAACCGACGGCUUUUGAACAGAGCGACAUAAACAGUAAACCUGUGAWUGGAGAAACAGCUCAGGCCAAAAGACCAUAUGUCAAACAUGAGGAACAACUGAAGCACAGAAUACAGGGCGCCGAGGAGUCUGUCCACCCCCAGCUGAACUCAGCUCUUCAGGGAUGCUGUAGUUUGUGUAAGACYGAAGCUUUGGACCCAGAGUGGAAGAGUGCCAUGGCGGGGCAGGGAUGUUUCCAACACACGUUCCACUGRGGCUCUUCUUUGGGAUUCUCUUUGAAACCGAUCAAAGAGGAGCAGAUGGACACCGAAGUGUCCUCCUGCUACUGCUGUACCCAGGAGAGAUGUGUGGAGUACUGUCACAGACUGGCCCUGUUCCUGGAGGACAAGACCUAUAAGGAACCGGAGGACAGCUCGCUGUCGGACGUGUUCCACCACCAUCAUCAUCACCACCACCACCAUCACCACCACCACCUUCAGUCGCCCCACGCUGUAGCCCGCCCAGCGGCUAUAACCAUCAGCCCGCACACGUACACCUGCUUCCCAAGCUACUACGUCCACUUCAGCCACCCCGAUGGCUCGCCGUCUCCCAUCCCGCCCCACGCUUUGUGCCCGAGGAGCAGCAAGCGGCCGAAGCUGCGCCCCAGCACGGGUCCACAACCCUCAGGGAUCGGCCACCCCGUGUACUGCUGCACCUCGGUGGAGGCGUGCUACGGAGAGCCCUGCAGGAUCAACGCCUUCUCCGCUUAUUCCAGUGUGAUUCCAGCCAUCCCCAGAGGAGGGAGCCCCUUCAGCCCCAAAGACUGCACGAAAUGCAACCAUGGCAUCAAAAGAGAUGACUACCCAUCAGCCAUCAGUGAUCACCACAGUCCCUCCUCCACACCCAUUUGUCCCAGCCCCAGAAUCCUCACCGGCUGUCCCGUUCCCACCGUGCCUCCGGCCGGCCAAUCGGCUCCCCGCGUUCGGACUCCGCUGUCCGACCCCAGCCAACCCCAGCCUCUGCUGCCGGUGGCGAAGGAGUGUCCGCAGAGCGCCAAGCCGCCCAGCGGGUCACGGUCUGGAGCCCACGGCAGCUCGGCUGUCUCCCCUCUGAACCGGGACAAGAAACAGAGGCUCGGCUCCGCAAGCGCCGGAGGGCAGGCGGUCGCCAAGCAGCCGAAGAACAGCCGCCAAAAAUCCACCAACGGCUGGAAGCCGGUCGGGCUGCCCUUUGAGAAGGAGGUUUUUAUUGUGGGUGAGGAGACUCUGGUGCUGAGGAAGAGCUUCGAGGGCAUCCGCAGGGACGGGGAUGUGAUUCGGGUCAGAGACACAGUUCUGCUGAAGUCUGGACCCAGAAAGAAGACUUUGCCUUAUGUGGCCAAGGUGUCAGCUCUGUGGGAGGAACCAGAGUCAGGAGAGCUGAUGAUGAGUUUGUUUUGGUACUACCGUCCAGAACACACGCAGGGGGGGCGCAACCCCACCAUACAUUGUGAGAAUGAGAUCUUUGCAUCUCGUCACCAGGAUGUGAACAGUGUGGCCUGUAUUGAAGACAAAUGCUAUGUCCUAACAUUGGCACAGUAUUGUCGAUUUUGUGCCUUGGUCAAACGCCGAAGGGAGGGUGUACGUGACAGCGCCYCCUCCCUCGUGGUGCCCCCCGUCGUUGACAACGCCAUGCCCACCCACCGCUGUGUGCCCGAUGACGUCGACCCCGAGAUGGUGUUCUUCUGUCGACACGUCUACGACUUCCGCUACGGACGCCUCCUCAAGAACCUGCAGUAGCACGUGGCGAGACGUGACGCGUUUUGGAUCACCUUGAGCGUCAUCCUCCACAAAUUUUAAUUAGCUCCCCGCUGCCUAGUAUGAAGGAUGGAAAACUUACUUUGCUUUAAAAUCUUGUGUUCGUAUUUAAACACCUGGCAUUUGUUAAGUAAUGGUUGAUUAUAGGACAGUGUAACUGGCCUGUGUCGUACGGUACACGGCUCUGGUGAUGUAGCAGCUGCGUGGAAGAACCUCUGCUGUAGAAAAACGCUACUGUAGCUCUUAGAAAUGUGACAUUUAUUAGAUCUGAGUGUUGUUUCUGUCUGCCUGACGAAUCUCAGACACGUAAAGUGUUUCAGUGAUGCGCUGUAGUUGAUCAAAUAUGAGGCUUGUCGUUGGGGUCUUCGUGAAGAGAACAGAGGUUUAAUCACAUUUUAUCUCCUGUUGUUUGCUAAAUGUCCUUUUGGAGAGUUAUGUUUUGUACAAGACACAGCACAGAAGUUUUACCUAAAGGUUAAACAGAGUGCAUGUUGGUGUCUUUAGUGACUUUGUUGAAUAAUAAGAAACAAGUUGAUCAAUCUCCUGCAGAGCUGUGUGAACUGGUUUGUGUUUUAGAUGAAGAACCACCACGAGCCAGAAAACAGUUUAUGCAUCUGUGUUCAUGUGGAUAUAGCCAAAUAUUGGACUUUAAAGCAAGAAAUAUUUCAUAUUUUCCUGCUAUUGGCCUGGAUUUGUCUGUAAAAUAUACGCUAAGAAUCAAAAAGAAAAAAUAAGUAGCGGUAGGUCCUCUGGAUGGGUUCUUCUUUAGUGAAACGUUUCGUCUCUCC